GCCCGCUAAGGAGGUGUGUGUGUCGGCGUGUAAAGUUCUGUAGCCAAAGAACGCGAAAACCGUUUUGAGUAAUAGUGUUUACAAUCUCUGCUGAGGUGAUAGGGUAAAUAAUCCUUGGAACUUCAACAGGAUCAAUAUGGCUGAAGCUAGACUUGGGGUAGCAUUUCAAUUCCAAGUGACCGAGGAUGGAAUUAUCGUCAACUUCGACAAAAACGGGCUUAAAUCUGUCGGUCGAGCUAUGGUGAAAUCUGCCAAACGGCGGGUUAAGGUUGCAAAGAAGGCGAUUUUAAAGCGAUCGUUUCCUGCAACCCCAGCAUCUUGGAUCCUUCUUGUUGCUGCCUUGGGUGCUGCUCGGUAUUCAGAGCAUGAAACAACUCUGGGAGUAUUGGGAAAGUUGGAACGUGGAUUGCCUUGGUAGGUAGAGGCAUUUACUAAUUGGACUUUGCCCGCUUCGUCGAAGAUUGGAAGAACUUUUUUUCUUAGCCCAUAAGCCGUUAUGAACUUCGUAAUAAUAAUUGAUACUGCUUAAGUUGGUGCUAUUUACCUCCCAUUAGUAAAUGUUCUCGCUCUUUUCACUGAUUAAGGUUUUGCUAUUAAUUUUUUUUACAGAUAAACUGAGCUUAAUUUGGCAAAAAUCAUCUGACACGAUUUAAAAUGUGAAUCGCGACAAGUUUUAUUUUCAUCAGAUAGUUAAUUUUGAAUCCUUUAUAUUUCCUUAAGAAAGAGCAGUUUCAUUAAAAUGUAUGUUUACGUUACUAUCAUUCAAUGCGAGACAGGUGUGAAAAUGAAGCUAAUAAUAAUCGAGAAUGUAUUUCAACAUGUGAACAGAACUUUGCCCAUUAAUCACCGAAUCUUGAAGUUUGUUGGGUCAAUAAGACCCCAUGUAUUGCUCUUCGUAAAAAAAGAGCGACAGAUGAGGAUGUGGCAAAUGGGUGUGAUCCUAAUAUUAUAAUAAAGCUAAUAAUAAUCGUUACUAGGAAGGUUCGUAGGGAAGUUUUGAAGUAGGAACCAUGUUCUUAAAGUUGGGCUCUUUUUCAAUCUCUGCUGAAGAGACCAGAGGGAAAUCUCGAUUUUGUAACUGGCCAGUAUCAUAGGAACUGAUGAUCAUCUCGUUAACUGGAUCGAAUUAAACCAGAGAAGAAACUUACCCUUUUUCUGCUAACUCUGUAUGCAUAAUUACUUUCGUUAUGUUUUGUUUCUUUUGUUAAGUUGAUAAGCGAAAAGAGAAAGAACCAGGGAAGAAACUUAUUCUUUUUCUGCUAACUCUGUAUGCAUAAUUACAUUCGUUAUGUUUUGUUUCUUUUGUUAAGUUGAUUAGCGAAAAGCCAUACCUGUAACAACGAUACCCAUGCGGUUUGGAAAGGAUCUAGGCCGCUUAAUUUGUCUUCUUCUAUGAGUUUCCUUAAGUCAUGUUUUAUGAGUCUUUGUUUUGACUGCAAUGGCUUGAUUUUAGGUAAAGAUAUCAACAGGAAAAGAUAUUUUGAAUUGAGAUGAAGGAUUUUGCUUAGGGUUGGGACAUAAAUAAAUCCAAAAAUUUAAAUUAUUUACUCACUAACCAGGCCUGUAUUUGGAGGUACUGCCUAUCAAAAGAGUUUGAUACAUGUUCAAGGAUAAGGCAGCAGAUAUUUUGUGUUGUAUUAUUUUGCCUCAAUUUGAGUCGGAUAUUGGGGGUGGGCCUUAAAGUAAUGACAACUAAUUUGAAUUUCCUCUGCUGACCACGUAGUGAAACUGUACUAUGGCUUUCUUGUUUUGGUUUUUUUUUUUAGAUGAUUAUUGAAUUUGAGGGUUCAACUUGUGCAGAAUACAUAUGAAAAUUGUUUGCUUGGAGUUUUAAAUUUAUUUUUGUUUCAUAUUGUAUGACAUUAUCAACUUUGCAUUGAUAAUGAUUUUCGUGCUGACACCAACUCAGUUUACAUAUAUAUAAUGUAUAUAUGUCUUUGUGCUAUUUUGGCAAUGUCUGUGACACCUACUCAUGGAUUAUUAAUUUCUCAUAGAAUUAUGAAAGGCAUAUGUUGAAAAACAUAUCACUUUGUUUUGAUAAUACUUCUUUUUAGCUUUACUCUCUUUCCUAAGCUAGAUCUUAUCAUGUAAAUAAUUCUAUAAAUUAAUUAAAACUAGAUCUUAACUAUCUUUUUGGAAAUGGUGCUUCUCUUUUAUGAAUGUUUACUGUUAUUUAUGCUUAAUUUCCUUAAUUUUUCUCUCUUCCAUUCCUAAAUAUGUACAGUGUAAUUGUAUUUACAUCAGUCAUGCCAAUUUCUUUUGAAUUUGAAGAAGACGAGAUGAAGUAAUCUGAAUUUUAAUGGGAUUUUUUUUGUAAAUUUUCCUUUCAAAUUUUUUUCUACAUCUAAUUGAAAGAUCUGAAUGUUAAGAAGAGUCAUUGAUGUUGUCUGCAGUGUAUACUAAAACAAGUUUAGUUAACCUUUGGCACUGUAAGAAUGCAUAUUCUCCAUACUGUUCUGUAAACAUUUCCUAAGGUGCUGACAAAGAGAAUUUGUUUAACAAUCAAGAGCUUGUGAAGUUGGUGAUCAUUUGUUUUCUUCUUGUGAUCUAAAUGUUUGAUUCAGGAGUGAUUUGUGUGGAGAAAUUAAAUGCUAGCUACUCUCAGGGGUUACAGGGUUGAAAACAAAAGUCAUUUGUCCAAAAGAAAAACAUGUUUAAAAUUGUCACACAAAAGACCCAAUUAAGGGCACCAUUUGGAAUCAGUCCAGCCUGUAUUUUUGAUACUUUUAAUCUUUUUAAACUUUUAAUGCUCAGAUUUCAUGGAGUUGUUUUAUUUUGUAUCAGAUAAUUUCCAGAGUAUGAAAUAUUAGGGAAAAACUAAUGUUUAUCAUUCAUUUUUUUUUUAAACACAGGAGUCACAAUUUAGAUCCCAAAACAGUAAUAGCAGUGGCAGUGUUGGUGUGUGCAACAAUACUGUGGAUGCUGUUAGGUCACAUUCAGCAGUUCACCUUGCGCCAGCUGUUGCGUUAUAGAGCAUUUCUGUAUGAACCAAGAGGGUAAGAGUACUUGACUUUGAUUUCAUGAUAGAAAACUCAAGAUAUAAAAAACUUAAUAAAUGAAUUACUCAUAAAAACAAUUGUAUUCUUUUGUUGUAGGAAGCUGUCAUUAAAAACUAAGUGCUGGCUGGUAUGUUUCAUUUAGUUGACAUGUUUAGUCUUUGUGGUGAAUAUUAUUUUCAAAAUUUAUCAUCCUUUACUCUCAUUCUUUCCUCUUGUGACUUCAGGGAUUAGUGAAACUCCUUGGUGGUAAAAACCCAACUUUGUACAGUUAUGAGAAGUCUUUGCCAUCUUUGCCUGUUCCAGAUCUCAAUGCCACUACAGAGAGAGUAAGUUAUAUGUUAAUUUUCUCAUUUUUGAAUUAAUUUCUGAUCAUAAAAGAAACUCAAUGUCACAAUACUAAAAUUAUUUCAUUUUUCAGUAUUUGCGUUCUGUUAGACCUGUUCUUAGUGAAGAAAGAUUUAAAAAGAUGGAAACAUUAGCAGAAGAAUUCAAGGUUUGAGAGAGCUUUAAUUAAAUCAAACUUUCCUGUUAGUUAUAUUACCUAUUUUAAUUUAUUUAUAGAUAUUGACUGGGCAUGUGCUUGAACAAUAAGUUUUGUACAUAUAUUGACUGCCUAGUGUAGGUUCUGAAAUUAUAUUCUGGCAGACAACUUUAUUUCCCACUUUUUAACUAUUUUUAAGUAACUGAUUUGUUUAUUAUUUUUGUGUCUUUUAUGAUUUGAUAUUUUGCUUUAUAAAUAAGUUUGUCAUAAAUUGUUCUAACAGUUGUAUGUUAAUUCUCUGGGAGUUAUAACUAUAAAGUUGAUGUGAUUUGACAAAUUCAGUUUUCAAGUAAAGGGUUCAAUGAUGGUCUUCAUAAGUAGCCUGUUUCACUUAUGGCUGCAAUUAGGUUUUGUCACACACAAACCACAGCUCUUCCCCAGAAUCAUACAUUUGUGAUCUAAGGUAGCUUUGACACACUUUUUAAUGUUAUUUUUCUUUAGAAUGGUCUUGGGAAGAAGCUACAGCGCUACUUGGUCUGGAGAUCCUGGUGGUCCACAAACUAUGUUAGUAAAAUAGUUAAUAGUCAUGGGCACCCUCCUAGUCUGCCUGUUGGGUACUAGUCAUAAAAUUUGUAUUAGGAUUACAAUUUACUUCAGUAUUAGUAAGAGUUUUCAAUGAACAUUGACUUUUAUUAAUCUAAACUAGUCAUUAAACAUACCUUCAGGUGACUGCACAUACAGUAAGGUUUAAUUGCCUUUUCACGAUUUCUCUCUUAGGAAGUUUUAAUAAAUUGAAUUAAUUUGUAUUUUGUCCUGAAAUCUUUGUGAACCUGGUAACAUAUCUAUCUUAAACUAAACACUUAGUUAACAUUGUUCUUACAUAUUAAAUUUUAUUUUAACCCUUAGUUAUCACAUGUGCUUUCCAUUAGUAAACUUACAGCUUGUUAUUUUGACCAAUGACACUGCAUAUAUAUGUUAAGCGAGGGAUAUGAUAAAAUUUAUGUCACUGUGGUAAUAAUUUAUCUGCAACUAAUUGUGUGCUUGACUUUUAACAGAUCAGUGACUGGUGGCAGCAGUUUGUGUAUCUUCGCUCCAGGGAACCUCUUAUGAUCAAUAGUAACUACUAUGGAGUGGUCAGUAUCUUUCAGUCUUAUGAUUUGAUAUUAAUUGUGAUGUAGAUAAAUGUAAAAGAUGCACACAACUAGUAGUAGAAAGUAAUAGAAGUGAAUCCAGGGCUGACUAUCAACAACCUGGAACCAUUGGCAGGUAAAUCUACAAUUGUGUUGGGUUUCACAAACAACUGCAGUCAUUAGUGUAAGAUAUGGUUGAAAAACAUGGCAAAUUGAUUUUGCUCUUCGUAAAAAAAAAAAGUUAAGAGUCAAGGUUCCUCACACAGGUAUUUCUUACCUUUGUGUAAACUCUUUGUUUAAAAAACUUAGAUCCAGACAGACCCUGUUUAUUUUUCUCUUAUAUUAUAUGAAAAUGUUUUCCUUGGUUUUUUGAUGGCUAGUUUCUGUUAUAAGUUUAUAUUUUGAAAUAUUAGCCACAUUUGUGGUACUGCAGCUGUUUUGAGUUUUUUUUUCACCACACCAUUUUAUCCAGGACUCUGUGGAGGUUCCAUCAUCAAUACAAAGUGCAAGAGCAGCCAAUAUAAUUUAUGCCAUGUAUGCGUACAGAAAACAGAUCUUCAAGGAAAAACUGGAACCUGUAAGUUUAAUUUAUAAUCACUUUACACAAUAAUUACUUGUUGAAGGCCCUUGAAGUUUAUGAAAUUUACUAUUUUAAGUCCAUAUUAGAGGUGCAUUCCUUUUGGAAGUUUUAUAAAUAAAAGGAACACAACCAUAAGUUGGAAUUGAAUCACUCUACUCAUUUUAGGAAUAGUUAAAAAAAUAUAACAUUAUUAAAAAAACUUUUUAGAAAAACUUUUUAGAAAAAAUUUUUACCCUUUAUGGUGGCUAAUUUAUGUUUUCGACCCAGUUGUUCACACUAAAUUACCUUUUUAGCCAAUAGUUAAUCCCCUUAUCCCCUUGUUCAAAGUUUGGAUAAUGCUGUCCACUGGAUAAAACUCUAUUCAAAGGAUAAAACUAUAUGUUUAGCUAUCACUUACAGAUCUGCUGGAUAGUGAUUUUUCUGUUGGAUAGUGUUAUUUCCCUUUUAUACAACUGGGCCCAGAAGACUAUUUUGAUUAAAACAAAAACUCAAUUUUGAGUUGUAGAAAACUUGUCAUUGUUGAUAUUUAGUUUUAUAAAUGAAUGCACCCCCCUUGUUGAGGUCUGUUUGGCAAUAGUGGCUGCUCCUAGUGAUUAGUCAGGAACUUUUACUUGAUAGGUAGCUUCUAAAGAACAUUCAGACGUUAGUCCAUAACUGUAAUAUGGUUUCGUUUGCAGCAAUUUGCAAUGGGUUUAAUCCCACUUUGUUCAGAACAGUUCAGGAAAACAUUUAAUACAACUAGGAUCCCACUGAAAGAACAAGGUGAAUGUAACAAUCAUUUUCUUCUGGUUGAGGUUGUUUUUCUCCUGUACCAUAUGCCUCCUUACAUUACUUGCAUUAACUGUAUCAAAUGGCUGUUACAUCCUUUUCAUCCAAUAUUACAAUAUUGUUUAUAAUAAUUCUUAUCUAUAAUAAAAUCUUGUUUGGGCACUUGGUUUGAUUGACUGUCAGCUCAGUUUAGAUAACCCUUUCUCACCAUAAUUUGUUCGAAUUUGUCGUGCACAAUACUGUAGUUAGGGAACCCUUAAAAUUAGUUUGUCAGUUUUUGUUUGUGGCAUUUUUACUUUUAGAUCACCUCCAUCACCAUGGUUCAACAUCCCAUACUGUUAUCUAUCAUCGUGGAAGAUUUUUUAGACUUGAGGUCUUUCAUCGUGGACAGUUAUUGAAGGCUGCUGAUCUGGAAAAGUAUGUCUUAUUAUGUAUUUUGCAGCUUCUUAGAAAAUAGGGUAAAUGACAAAGCUGUUUUAAGGGGAAUACCUGGGUGACAUAAGGCCCUUGUUUUACAAAAACAUGGGGUGCUCAGAUCUUACAAGCAUAUUUAAUUAACUUCUCAAAAACAAAAGUUGACAUACCAGGUCUACUAUUGCACAGUUGUGAAUAUUAUUAUUCAAAAGAAAUCUGUAUCAAGGAAUGUUCUUAACUUUUGAUAAAUCCACAGUGUUGAAGUAUUGUCAUUAGACCCUUACCAUGUAUACUGCUGUAUAAUUAAAGUGAAGGAAGUUGUGCUCUAAUGAGAGAAUCUUCCUUCCCUGAGCAACAAUUAGAGGAUUAGGAAAUACAUGUAUUUGUGCCAGGUUAUUGUUGCCUGAAUAAAGGUGCAAUUUUUUCAUAAGAAUCUUUUUAAGAUUCUGGUUGGCAGGGUUGAAAGUUUUAAUGACAUUUAUGACAUUUAUGAAUGACUUACAGUCUAAGGCCAUUGUAAAACAGUUCAUAGUAUUUUAUGGUUAAGCUGCACUAUCAAACUUUUUGUCAUAAUAAACUCAUUCCAUGAUUUUGUUUGUUAGACAAAUUAUAAAGAUCCUGGAAGAUGAUUCAAAGCCAGCACCUGGAGAAGAACUUUUACCAGCAUUAACUAGUGCUGAGAGGUAUAAUGAUGACACAAUACUGUUAACAAAACAUAUUCUUGUAAUUUACAAUCCAUGUCAUUUCAAUGGAAAAAUAUUUCAUUAAAGUACUUUGUUGCAACCUUUACUCAAACAUUUCAGAAAUCUGUGGGCUGAGACAAGAAGUACAUACUUCAGCAAAGGUGUCAAUAAGGAGUCUCUGGGUUGUAUUGAGGAUGUAAGUGAAACCAUUUGUCACAUCCAUGUAGCACAAAGAAAAAUUUAAAUCUCAGCUAGUUCUGAAGGUUGAAGUUUAUAAAUUAGAUGUGACACAUCCCUUGCAUGGUGUAAGAAUUGACAAUACAGAAAUGGUUGUCCUAAUUGUCAAUAAAGCUCAACAUCUAUCAUCUUUCUCACUCUACCUGUAGUGUCUAAUGUCAAACUGUUAUAAAAUAAUCACUUCAUCCAUGGAGACUUUCAAAUUUAAUUUUUCUGUAUUUCACUGUAUCUCCUGCAUGAGAUGCUGGUCCAUUUCUUGUUACCUUUGGUAUUUUUUCAGGUUUCCUCAAUAGUUUGUGAGUAAAAUCAUUAAAAAUAUGAUUAUUUUGUAUCAUUCGCUAAUGUGUGUGAGGGAAUCUAUGUUGUUUAUUUUCCUGUUGUUUGAAAAUUUUUCAGGCUGCAGUUUUCUUGAGUCUGGAGGAUUUGUCAUUGAAUUAUGGACAGGUAAGAGCAUAAUAUUUUGAAUGUUAAGACUUAAAUGUAAGUAGUAGAUUUGAUAUAUUCUGUGAAAGUGGCCUCUUGAAAAAUGUUGGAGCUGUUCCUUAGUUAUCCUGUGGUAUUGGGAGCUUACUAUAAAGAUUUAGUGAUAACUAAUCACCUGCUCAUAUAUUUUUGAAAAACAGGAAGAUUCAGAAGACAUGGACUCUCUCUGUCGAUAUCUGCUUCAUGGCAAUGGUCACAGUUGCUGGUUUGAUAAAUCAUUCUCUGGCUACGUCUUCAAGAAUGGCAGGGUAAGAGCCAAGUGGUAGAUGAUCAUAAUGGUAAAGUAGUGUAGCUCAUGUUUUACCACAAUUGACAGUUAUGUCUCAUUCAGAUUGGCCAAUUUUUGGUUGUUGACAAGAGUACAGAGAACAUUGCUAGCCUCAACCUGUCACACAAUGCCUUUAACAGCUCUCAAACAUGGAUCACUUGGAAAUUUUAACAUCAAUAAUCUGGUUAAAAAAGCAAUUUGAUGGUGUUUUAGUGGAGUCUGUACUCAUAUCAACUACAAUAUUCGUCAUCACAGUGGUCCAAAUUUGUUGCAAACUAUAGCAUUUUGACUGCUGUGAUGAGGAAUCUUGUCAUCCAUAAGAAAAUUGGCCACACUAAACCACUGGCGGUUAGUGAACUGUACAUUCCAUCUUUGAACUUACCAUCUGCAUGACAGAGAGUAUUGAACAUGCUGAAGAGAAUAAUGAUUUGUGACAAAGUCCUUUAAAUUUAAAAGUCUUUAUUAACUUAAGAGGCCCCCUCCUUCCACACAUUGUUUGAAUACAGCUGAAAGGUUAGAUAAAGUAUACUCCUUCUUGUAUUAAAUAAGGGUGGGGAAGGAAGGCCAACAUCAUACAUGUGCAUUCAGAUAGGAAAAAUUAGACUAACUGAUAUAGUUAGAACAAUUACAUUGUUCUGCUAUUGUUGUUCAAUUGAAACUUUUCAUUUUCAAGGACUUACAAUUAUGAGACAGUGUGUAUUGAUGCUGCAUAAUUUGAGUGUGUUCUAGAAAUUUUAUUUAUUUAUUUAUUUAUUUAUUUAUUUUUUGCAGUUUGGCAUUUGUGCAGAGCACUCAUGGUAUGAACACUUUAUACUGUCUUGUAUAAAAUAAUCUCUCCAAGAUAUACAGAUAUACACACAGUCUAGUAACAUUUAUGCUCUUCCAUGCUCUUGACCAAUGAUUAUUUCACAAAAAUAUCAAAUGAAAUGAACAUAACAAGUUCAAACUUGGUGAGAUUGACAGUUAAGGGUUGAUUUUGAGAGAUUUCAGUCCAUGAAGGGUGUGUUACUGAAGGUAUUCUGUCAAUGCCUCUCAAUGCCCAAGUCACCAAUGAAGGUAGGGGGCCAAGGGGCUGCAAUGGCAGUCACACCCAAAUGCCCCUAGAACACUUAACUGGCAUACCCAACCUGCAACCCAGCCACAAGCUCUGUGCAUGUCACACUAGAGCCAGAUGGCUCAAUGGAAGGAAAAAAAUAAUGAAUAGGAAUAACUUAAUAAACAAAUAAAAAUAGAUAGAUGAACAGAUAUAAAACCCUGGACAAAAAUUCCUCCAGUUAGGGAUGAGAACCGCUAUCCUUAAGGAUGACAACGCCACACUACAGAACAGCGAACACAUUGCAAAUACAUGGAAAGACAAUGCAUGCACUGAUUAAAAAUACCACUGGACAAAGACAGCCCCAGGGGUUCAACAACCAGAUGAUAGCUGCUGAUGCUACAAAAUGCAACAAAUGCAGUAAAAAUGCCAACAGAACAGCUGCAAAAUGUUACUGACCAAAAUUUGCCCCUAGUCUUCAACCAUGUUAAAUUCCUUUUAACCAUAUUAAAUACACUGCUCACAAAAACAAUUAUGCAGGUUUAAGAGUUGAGUAAAACAUACUGUUAAGACAAUAGGCAAAUGUUAAAUUUAAGAUUUUCUAUACAUUUUUAGGGCAGAUGCUCCUAUUGUUUCUCAUCUUGGGGAGUUUCUUAUGAUAGAAGACAUCCAAGUUAUGGGGCAAGUAAUCAAUUUUAGUACUGUAAGGUUAUCAAACAUGCAAACUGUUUUUGUUGUUUCCCACAUGGUUGGUUAUGGUGUCAGCUUUUUUCAAUUGUAACAGAAAAAUCAUAAACAACUUUGUGAUUAUGCAACCCACAAUUUGCUUGGAUAGCUCGUUUUGUGUUUGUUCAGGUCCUUAUGUUGAUUUGUUGUUGAUGCUGAUUUGCUUAUUUUGAACUUAAGUUCUGGAUAUCUUCAUAUGAAGUAGACCACAUUGUAUACUUUGUGUACAUUUCCAUAUUUUUUUAAACCAGCUUACUUAACCUGUGUGAGCUGGCAUUGGUUUGCAGUUUACUUGCAGAAGAGGGAUUUUACUCAACAAUCUCAUAACAACAGUGUAGCACUCCAUAGUCAUUAACUCUAACAACUAUCUUCAGAUACAAGGAAGAUGGUCACUGCAAAGGUGAGCCAGAGUUUGGCCUACCCCCACCAACAAGGCUCAAGUGGGACAUCCCUGAAAAGGUGUGGUACUGCAUUCUUAUUUCAUGAACUGUUUAUACUGAAAGGUAAAAUGCUAAAUGUUUUGGUCAUGGAAACCCCAACAAGUUUUGCUAUCAAGUUUUCAAACAUUGGCAUGCUACAUAUACAAGAGUUAUUUUGUUGGCUGGGUGGGUUGAGGUGGACAAGUUGUACAAUUGAUGUUUUAAUUUUUUUAUAGAAAAUCUUAAGUUCCAUGUGGAAUUUUUCCCAAGGUUUGGAUAAUGUAGUUAGAAAAUGUGAUAAACUGCAGAUUCUUUGCAAGGAAAUGACACUCGAUGGAACAAAGGCUAAUUGUGCAAAAUGGAAAUUGAUUGGUGGAAUACAAAUUAAGCUUGUGAAAACUUGCCUAGUGUUCAUGUUGUGCAAUGACUGGGUAUGUUCUGAUUGGACUUUGGAUGUUGUUUUCAUAUCAUGUGAUGGAAUGUAAGUUGUUUUCCAUGUACUUUGAGAGUAAAGGAGCAGAAAAAAACAUGCUUAACAUAAAAAUGUGACGCGAACGAGUUAUUGUGUGACAGCAAUAUCGUAAAGACUCAUGUUAAUCACUCAGAUUUUUUAACGAACACUUGGCUUUCUAGACAAGAUCUUUAGUAAAAAGCAAUUCUUUUUAUUUGCAACAAAGUUUAUAAGGAUCUCAAGGCGAAUAAAGCGACGUUAACAUCGCCAAUGAACAAAAUUGGCUGUAGACGCCAAUGAGUUGUGUGAGUCAUUGGUGAUGUUUACUUCGCUUUAUUCGCCUUGAGAUCCUUAUAAACUUUGUUGCAAACAAAAAGAAAUGCUUUUUACUAAAGAUCUCGUCUAGAAAGUCAAGUUUUCAUUAAAAAAUCUGAGCGAUUGACAUGAUGAGUCUUUACGGUGUUGUUGUCGCACAAUAACUCGUUCGCGUCUUAAGCUGUUAUAGUCAUUGGUGAUGUUCACCAAUGUUCACCAAUGUUUAAGCUUCUGUUAGAUGUUCACCAGUGUUUUUUUACUAAAUAUCGUUUACUUUUCUGUAGGUUUAACUUCUAGUAAGUUGUAUUGGAUUGACGACCAACUCGCCGACGUCUCUACUCGAUUUUAUACGUCGGCGAGUUGGCGUCGGCGAGUUGGUCCGUCGGCGAGUUGACCGUAAUUCGACGAAAUGUAACUUAUUAGUUAAGUUACCAUUCUUCUUCUAAGAAUUUACUUGGUAAUUGAACACAAAACAAAGAAUUAAAAGGGACCCUGAGUAGUAAUGACUCUGAGAACAAUGUGAUGGACCACCAGAUGGUACUUAUGGAUCAACUUGCAUGAGAAAGAAAAGGCAUUUGAAAAGUUCCAGAGAAUUUGAAGCCAGGGCUAUUGGAAACUAUGCCACUGCUAUUGUUUUGAGCCUUUUGUCAUAUUCUAUACACAUGGUUAAUUUUGGUCUUAGAAAAAUAAGACAUUUUUCAUUGACCAUUAAUUACUGGAAUUAAUUAUAAUUGGACCUUUUUUUCCUUCUACUCAGUGUGUUUCAAUCAUCGAGUCUUGCCAGGAGAAUGCAGAAAAACUGAUCAAUGACCUUGACCUCCAUGUCCUUGUACACACUGCUUUUGGUAAGACAAUGCUCAAGAUAAAUUACUUAGAAAUGCAGUGGCCUAUUGGUCACUGUGUUUAGAAAUGAAUUAAGGUGUCUUGAAUCAAGGUUUGUCUUGUGUUCUUGAGUAAGAAAGCAAACCCUUUGACUCCUAGAAGAGGGUGAAUGUAAACUUCUCACAAUUUCAUUACCUUAGCCAUUAAAAAGAUAACAAGAAUCAACAGAUUUAUCAGCUAGGGGGUAAUGACUUGAUAAAACACCUAAUUCUUCCAACAAAUUUACAGAGGAAUGUACAGCAGUUAGAAAGGGAGAAUUACCUGUUACAUCUUCAGGUAUAAUAGGUUUAAAAAAAGCUGCUGUACAAUGUUUGAACUGUUUUCUGUAGUAUGCAAAAUUAUCUGUAACACUUGGUUGAUCAUCAACUAUGGGUAAGAUGUUGUUUAGAGCUCUUUGUCAUGAGAAGUGGCUAACACUUGUAAUAUGUUAGCUUUCUGAAUUGUCUACUGUAACUAGCUUUUCUCUUUCUAAUCAAUGUUUUGAAUGUUCAUUGAUGACAACACAACCAUUUCGUUACAAACUAAUCAGAACCCUUCUCAUUUCAAAAUAGGGGCUUGGUUGUCAAUUGUCACACUUGGAUUUGCAUCUAGCAUGAGCUAAAACUGAAAAAGAAAAUUACAAAGAACCAAAUAGUUUUCUCAUUGACAUUUUUCAAUAUUUCUAAUUUUAGGAAAGGGUGCCAUUAAAAAAUGCAAAUUGAGGUAUGGAUAUCCUGUUUAUAUUGCAGUUGUUAUAAAUCACCUUUGCCUCAGACAUUUUGCAGAGCAAAGGAAUGGCACACAGCAACAGAGAAAAACAUUUUCUUUGCUUCUGAGACCCUUCACAGAUAAACCCAGAAUUCAUAAAACCCAUAAUCCUGUAAGAACUUCUGACUCAAUUGAACACAACCUAAACAGUCGUUGUUGAUGUUCUUUUAAAAGUUGGCACUGAAAAACUGGUCUUCAGAUUUACUUAAAAAACGGUGGCAGUGGCUUAAAAUCGUAGAAUGCAUAGCAGCAAAGGGUUGUCUAGUUGGGUGAAGACACUUAAGAAGACAAGUUGCUACUACUUGUUACAAGGAAAAUUUGGGAUAACAAUGUGCUUCAUGCCAAUAAAACUUUGUGUAAAACUUUGUUCAAAUAAAUCUUUGUCUCUAUUGCUAAGAUUUGUUUUUGCUGAGGCACAAAUUCAAACUGGUUUGAAUUUCGAAUUGAAAAUUUCAUGCACAAGAGAUGUUGCAAAAUCAAUCUAGCAUUUAAAGUUGCAACAUUUAUAUUAAGGGCAAAGUGUUUCCAUCACACAUAGUUACUGGUACAUACAUGUACCAAGGAGUAGGAAAUUAAUCAUUUUCAAAAAUUUUGCUUGUGCUUUUGUCCUCUUCCACAGCCCAGAUGCUUUUAUUCAGAUGGGUCUUCAGCUGGCCUACUUCAAGGUUUGUCUUUGCCAAAUAUGACUUUCACCUUCCUCUAUAUUCAUUUAAAUUUCGUAGAGGUACAGGGUGUACUCUUUAGCAGUUAAAUAUCGAGUUCUUCGGGAACGCAAUUCAUAAAAAUGGAUUUUGUUGUCGCUGUACCUUAAAGUAUUCUUCAGAUUAGAAAAAAGGAAAGUUAAAGGGAGCAGGAAAAUUACUAAAACAACCUUAAAGAAACCAGAAUUUUCUCUAAGUUAUGUUAGAAAGGGGCCUCUUUUUGUUGAGGGAACGUGCAUUUAACAUGUUAUGAAAAUAUUUCAUUGUUUUCAGGAUCAACAAUCUUUCAGUUUAACUUAUGAAUCCUCCAUGACAAGACUUUUCAGGUAACAGGUCAUUUCCUUCUUAGUCCUCAAUAUUUGCUCGUUGUUAUUACGGUAUAUAACUGGGAGGUACCCCCAGUGAUGGUAACUAGGGCCGUAUUUUACCCUUACCAAAGCGGAUGCAAGCUGAAACCAAUCUCUGUGAUCCAGUCGCGCUUGAUUUCUGUUACGUGUAAGUACUUUAAGGUCUCACUGGCUCCAUAUGAUGUAACCUUUGCUCCGAUCGCUUUGGUUUUGCGUUCUUUAAGAGUCGCUUGGUUCCCUUGACUUUGGUUUUGACUGACAUAGUCAGUAUGAUCAGUCAACCCUUUAACUCCCAGAAGUGAUUAACAUGAAACUUCUCCGUAUAAUAUCCAUUCAUUAAUCAGCAAAUAGGUAAUGAGAAUAUUCAGACCUAUUAGGUGGAAGCUGCUAUCUUGAUCUAGCAGCAAGUUCUCAUAACUAAUUUACAAGGAAAUGUGUAGCAGCUAGAGGGGAGAGUUAACAAUCAGAUUUUGGGAGUGAAAGGGUCAACGUAACUAAUUCUCAGCCCCCUCUCUCCCCCAAUUUCACUGAUUUUAUCUUUUGCUACUUUCAGAGAGGGCCGCACUGAAACAGUCAGACCCUGUACCACUGAGUCUUGUGCUUUUGUCAGGGCAAUGCUUGACCCCUCUUCUAAGGUGGGUGUUUUUUUUUUUUGGUUGUUGUUGUUAUUUUUUCACUUUUAACUCGCGAAAGUUACUAACAUGUAACUUUUCUUCACACUUUCCACUAAUAGAACCAGACGGUUUUCUCUUGAUUUAAAACCAAAUUCUUUAAACUACGUUACAAAGGUGAAUUGUAUGAAUUCACCUAUAUUAGCUUCACAUGCGCAAUCAGGUUAGGCUCCAACAGAAUGAACCAUCUAGCUCAUAACUGGCUGGCUUAAAAUGUUCGUGCUAUCAUUCGGUGGACUGUUUAAACUCGUCAAAUUUCUUUAGUUCUUAAUUUAUCAGCCUGGGAUACAAACAAUUAAAGUGAUAUGUACUUCUCAUUUGUUAUAGAAAUCUGAGAGGAGAGAGCUACUUGAGAAAGCCGCGGAACUUCAUGUCGAUGGUUUCAGAAAGGCUAUGUCUGGAGCAGGUGAAAAUAAAAAAGUUAAAGAUUUUCAACCCCCUUAAAAUUUUCCUCUGCAGGCUGUAAACUUAAUAUGACAACUAGCCAUGUAGCCAUUUUUACGAAACCUUGAAAUAGGCAAAAAAAAUUUUGAUGCUAGCGGGACUCCAGACGCGACCCUUUACGUAACAUUAUGCAGGGCUCGAAGUUAACUUUUUGGUCGACUAGCAAAGUUUUGCUGGUAAGAUUUUUUUCCACUAGCAAACUGGUGAGAUCACUAGCAAAUUAUUUCCUUUUGAAAUGUCAAUGACCAUAUCUGAUAUAAAGAUUAGAAUUGAUAUUUCGCACAGGCUAUUAAUGAGCUGAAAAGUUUUAUAAAAAAGGUGGUAAAUGUUUGGUCUCCUUUGUCGUUGUCCUGACAACCACCACCUCUCUACUGCAUGUUUGGGAGACAUGGAUGAUUCUAAAUAACAAACGUUUGCUAGUGGAAAUUUUUCUCACUCGCAGAUUAACAAAAUCACUCGCAUUUUGCCAGUUUGCGAGCUUUAAUUUCGAGCCCUGAUUAUGAACAGACGACUCUGUAUGCAUAAAAAUAAAAUCAUUGUAAAAUGUUAUGGAAGUAAUUUUUUUGUUCUCAAUAGGUGUCGACCGUCAUUUAUUUGGCUUGUAUGUUGUAUCCAAGUACUUAGAAGAGGACUCACCGUUUCUGAAGGAGGUUAGUUUCUUUGAUUUUUAAGGAGUCUAUUGCCGAAUUGUUGAGCGUCCAAAAAGAUUUGGGAUUUUUUUUAGCUUUUCUGUAUUUCGUACUGUGAUUGGUCUAGAAAACUUGUUGUACCGUCUGACCACUGGAAACUGCAAAUCUUAAAGCACAUAUUUUUUCCUGCGCUCAAGACAGUCUGCUAAUUUUAAUCUAGUUCGUGUUUGCUCCUUUGAUGCUUUCUUUUGUUUUGGAUUCACAAUAGUUUUUGCUAUUAUGGCGCUCAAUCAAAAUGCACUUUGUACACCGUCUGGACAUUCGCAGUAAUGUCUGUAAUUUUUUCUCUUGCAGGCUCUCAAAGAACCAUGGAAACUGUCCACAAGCCAAGUAAGUACAGCUGUAUGUAAUGAAAUCUUAAAUGAAGCAUGGUGAAGCAUAGUGUGUAUAUGACUGCUUGACUUCCAGAACCAGCCUACUCCAGGCAGUCAGUUUGUUGAUGAAGGGGGUGAUAAAGAGGAACUAGGAAUAGAAAAGAACGAGGGGGCGUUGGGGGGAUUAAAAACCUAAUACACUGGGCCGAUAUUCUCUCACCCGAUCGUUCGUUUGUUUCCAUUUAACAAGAACUUGGCACAGGCUCUCCAGAACAAGUGUCACGUAUGAAGAAAAAAAGAUUAUUAGAUUGUAGGUCGAAGAUUUAUCGUCGGUGCCAUUUUAUAACUCGUUUCCCCUUCGUACCACAUGUAGAAUAGCGAGCGAAAUGUUGUUGUUGUUGUUGUUGGUUUUUUAAUUUGGUUACGUGAUGUGCUGUUUGCAUUGAAAUGCUCUUCGCAUUUCAGACUGCAACCCAGCAAACAAAUAGAGGAAACUACAUCAAGCAUCCAGGAAUGAAAACGGCUGGAGGAGGGUUUGGACCUGUAAGAUAACUUUCUAUAUCGUUAAGCUAUCCUUUCUCAAGAAAUCAUAGGGUACUUCGCUGGCUAGUCUUACAAAAUUUGGUUCUACAUCAAAAUCACAUAUCCUGGUUAGUAGACAAAUUGAUUCAUGCGUUUUUGAGAGGGCUACUCCUUCAGUUACUCUUAGAAAUGGAAGCCGUAAAUUAGCAACUACAUGUAUGUGUAAAAUAAUUAAAUGACUGAAAAUAAGUAAUACGUAAAAGCGGCAAACUAUACUUGCAAGUUAAACUAAAUAAAAAUGAAAAUAGGAUUCAGAAGUGAAACAAUUACUAAAUUUCUAUUAUCAAUCAAACAGCCAUGAAGAUCAAAAGACUUCCUGUAAAUGGUGGUGUCCUAAAUCCUCGUUACGAAAGCCUGUCUUCUUCACUUUGUUUUAGAAUUAGUAAAGGAGUUUGCACAUUAAGUUAAAGGCUCAGAGUGGGUUUCUUUUAGGUGUAGCUGUCGCAAACUGUUUUCUACCUAUUCUUAUUUAGUUAUUUAUCUGUUUGCUUUAUUUUUAUUUGUAUUCUUUUUGGGAGGGCUGUUGAAUCUGAUAUUUCACAAACUUGCAAACCUUAUCUCGUUCGAUAGGUUCAGAUCGGUUCUUUGAUUGUAAAGUUUUGUUUUAGUUUCACCGGUCACUACCGAAUUACAAAUUGAAUAUCCCCUCAGAUGACAAGUGUUGUUAUCUUUUAUCAGGUCGCUGAUGAUGGUUAUGGAGUAUCGUACAUUAUUACUGGUGAAGAUGUCAUCUUCUAUCAUGUCACAUGCAAGGUUUCGUCCCAGCUCACUGUAAGUAUUUCAAUUGUCUGUGCUUGGUCAGUUCUGACAGAAAGAUAUUUUUCUUCUUGACACGAGCGUGAGACAGCGGAAAGAUUCUGAGGAGUCAAACCUAAGAGGUACAGAUUCCACACGCUAACGCUCUACCACUGAGCUACAGAUACUUUCUUUGCUGAGGGAGGUCAUUACACUUUGCUAGCUUCAUACGUGACAUGGCUGGUCUUGCGUCCAGUCGAAAGCGUCAUUUGUUUAAAUCGAAUAAGAGAGAUGGUUAAUUCUGAGUCGGUAAUAAGAUACGUCUUGUCGCGACUUAGAAAAAAAUUCUGACUCCCAUAUUCAAUUCUUGUUAUUGCAGAAUUCCCCUUGGGCAGUUUUAUGUAGUUCUGGCACGAUUGAUAUUAGUUAGGGUGGGUCGCAGGUGUUCCAAAGUCAGUUUUUCUCUGGAAGUUCCUCUCGAAGUUCGAACUAAACUGUUUUACUGCACUUAAACUUCUUUUCAUUUUUAAAUACUUUCUCGCGUUCUUUCCUCACAGGAUUGCAAACGAUUUUGUGCAAAUAUCAGGGAGAGCAUGGCAGAAAUGAAAGCUUUGUUCGAUUACUAAACCGCAAAAUCCAUUAACAUGAGGUUCAGAUCAGUUUCUUUGGAUGCUUUUGUACCAAGCCGAGGGACUUUUCUGACUAGCUUUCGCUCUUUUUGAGUUUCCUAUGUUCAGCUGACACACCUAGCCCUCCCAUCCCUACAAGAAAUAGGAUGCUUUCUCUCUCCCCCUUCCAAAUUGGCUACCUCAGCUGGCACUUUAUAGUUUCAACACAACAUAAAAACCUCCGGAAUAUGUAAGGAAUUACUGACCAAAAUAUGAGCGAUUCAAAUUUUCCCCUCCUCCCCCGAAAAAAAAAAGAGAGAGAGAGAGAGUAGAAAAUGUGUUAGUUUGAUAUAGGAUAUUCAGACAAGAGUUUAUAUAAAGUAACUAGGAGUAAAUUUAUUGCAUGGGAAUUCGAGGUUGCACAUAUUUUCAUUAUUAACGGGAGCGAAACGCGAGAUGCUUUUUCAGCUUCAUUUGGUAUCGGAGAAUUUCACCUAAUAUUUUUUACAAUACUUGAAUAUUUAAUACUGUUUCACUAGUAUCUGUAAAAGUUUGCAGAGUAAAAAUGUAAACUAUCCCACAGAAUAGAUUUUCAUUCAUGUGACAAGCGGCCAUUUUUGUUUCCUCAAACGAAAGAGAAUUUACAACGCAUGGCCGAGGUGAGGUCACGUGAUAACGACGGAAAGCCUUGUCUCUCUGUGUCGUUAAAAGCCUGGUCAAACGCACGCACCAUUUCAACAGAAAACAUCUUACAACACUUUUGGAUCGUGUUAUGAGAUGCUGUGAAGGAGAUGGCCAAACGCGCGCAACAGCUUACAACAUCCAAAAAUGUCGCAACACAAAUAUGGCCGUUUUCCACCUGAUCCAACCCUAUCCAACAUCUUUCAACAUGUAGCAAUAUGUUGCCAUAGGGUGUCCAAACGUGUCUAACACGUUGUUUUCUACAAUGUUGCGUUGAAAUGUUGCGUUCGUUUGGCUGGGCCUUUACA